AUGGGUGAAGAGUUAAGUGCAGCAGAUUGUUCUUGGAAGAAAAUGGUUUUAUCGAAAUCGAAGAAUAAUUGGACUUCUACAUUAAAAUCAGGUCAACAAAACAUUGAUCAUACGAUGAACGUAAAUAAUUUUUCAAUGAGUGAUGAUGCAGUUAAUUUCACGGCUAUAAAAAAAGAAGAAAUUGAAAACGAAACACAAGAUUACGAAACUGAUGAAGAAUCCACUGAAGUGGAUCCUCUGUUAGCAGCUAGGUCAGUAAGUGUGGGUAGACGGUCCUCUGGUCCCAAAAAUGAAACAUCUGAGGAGCGAGCUAUUCGUCUAGCUAGAAUGUCCGCUUACGCAGCACGUCGAUUAGCCAACGAAACACCAGAACAGAGAGCUAUGCGAUUAAAAAGAAUGUCUGAUUAUGCAGCUAAACGUCUUGCCACAGAGUCAAGUGAACAGAGGGCAAAACGUCUAGCAAGGAUGUCUGCAUAUGCUGCCAAGAGACUAGCUAAUGAAACCACAGAGCAGAGAGAAGCUAGGUUAGCGAGAAUGUCAGCUUAUGCUGCUAGGAGACAAGCAAGUAAAAAGGCCGGAAAAAAAGAAACAUCAGAUAUGGAUACCAAAUCUGAAUUGGUUUAA